AACAAGGAAGUGAAAUUCUCGUUCAACAUUAAGAUGGCUUAACUAUUAUUUUAGUAACCUUCAGCAUCACUUGAUUUGAUCCAUUAAUGCACAGAUGAAUUGAGGAAUAUAUUAUGAGGCUUGAAAAUACCAAUAUUACAUCUUUAUUGUCAGGUGCAGGUUUGGGGCCUUUGUGCAGUGAUGUAUUUCAUUGUCGCUGUGUUUGUUUACCUUUGGUUGGUGUCAGGUCAGAAAACACUAGGUCAGGUGGAAUGGAUGGUUGAAGAUAAAGUUUUAUCGUUUGGACAAAACCUGACAUUAUUUUGUGCAGUUGAUGACUGUUGUUCAGAAUUUCCAGGCUGGGUACUUUGGAAUUAUGACGGCAAAGAUUACAGGACGAUAGUUAUCGAUCUAAGAAGUUUUAAAAGUUCAAAAUAUGCUGGAGAUUUAAGAAAAAAUGGCUUUACCUUAGUCUUAAAACAUUUGACCGAAACAGAUAUGAAUCGUAACUAUUCAUGUACAUAUGGAAGUAUUGUGGGUGAAAAGAAACUUUUGGUAAUAGAAGAAGCUUUCAAACCAAGACCGACGGUAACAAAAUCAGCUAUUUUAACGAAUGGAGCACUUAUUGGUAUAGUGGUUGCUGCUUGUAUUGUGGUGAUACUGGUUAUACUGGGGAUUUUAGCACUCUGUUUUUGGAAGAGAAGGGAUAAUGACUAUAGACUCGCUAAUCCUCUCAGUGUCGUUGUUGAACCUACUAGUUCAACUGUUCUCCAUGGCAAUAGUCAAACAAUUACAUGUAUUGUCACUGGACAACCUCCAGGGCAGAGUAUAGCUUGGUACUUUGCUCCACCUGAUGGAGGUCGAGAGAUUAUUAACAUAGACAGCAAUAAUACGAAGUAUUCUGGUGGUACAAUGUCAAAUCCCUCUCUAACCAUACUGCAUUUUCAGUCAUCAGAUAGUGGUUCAUACACGUGCUCUCUUACCAAUGCUGUUGAAACAAUUAUAGAAAGUGAACCUUGCCUUUUGACUUAUAUAAAUAUUCUCAGCUUGGUUGUAGAACCUGAUCACGCAAAUGUCAUCAUUGGAAACAAUCAAACUAUAACAUGUUCUAUAAGCGGACAACCAUCUGCACGAGGCAUAAUAUGGUAUUUCACACCAACUUAUGAAAGUAAGGUAGAAAUCAGUCCUGAGAACAAUGCAGCAAAGUAUUCAGGUGGAACGAUUUCAGAUCCUUCAUUGACCAUUCUGAACUUUCAAACUUCUGACAAUGGUGCAUAUGUGUGCACUGCAACUAAUACAGCUGGUAGAGGAAACAGCAAUUCUUCCGUUUUAACUUGCAUAAGUAAUUGUCAAAAAUUGAAAGAUAGUUUUUUGUCCGAAAUUGCAAAGAGACUCGGACAUGAUUGGAAACGAGUUCCAAUAGCUUUAGAAAUUACAACACAAGAGUUGGAGCAGAUAGAAAGAAAGUAUAUAAAUGAACCAGUAACACAAACAACUGAGGCUCUGAUCAUGUGGCGUAACAGAAAAUCAAAUUCUACAGAAGAAGACAAUGUUAAAGAGUUGAUAAAUGCGUUGACUUUCGUUGAGAGACAAGACAUUAUUGAUGAUCUAAGACUAGAAAUGUAGGUAUUUCAAAUCAAUAAAGCACUCAAAUGAAUUAAAUAGUUUCUUUAAUCGAUUUGUACACACAAAAAAAUCAAUCAACUGUGAGGCAACCAAUCUGACUUGAACGUACAUACAUGGUAAUUUUACAUUAAGUCAUUUCUUUGCAAAUGGUUUGUUCAAAGCAGUUUUUCUAUACACCAAAGCAAAAGGAUAGAAAUAUAGAAAAUCACUUCAGGCGUAUGAAAUUCAAGUCUUUUUCGUCAAUAUUCCGUUAAAAAAUUCCGAGUUAUAUACAUUGUAUAACUACUAGUAAACCGUCCAGCUCUCGAAAUACUGAGGAAAAAAGUUUUUUGCGAUACAUCCGAUCGACUUGAUUAGGAUUCAGAUAUUGCACAAACUGGCAGUAUAAUAAACAAAAACAUUCCUCACUAUUUUUUUAGUUCCGAGAAUAACAUAGACAAAAUGACGGUAGAUGAUAUUACAUAUAUCAAAGACUUCUGAAUUUAAAAAAAAAAUCAAGGACUAUGAAAAUAUCUGGGAUCGAUGACUUUGUAUGAAAAAUUAUUUGAUAUUUGAAACAUUGCUGUAUUGAUUUUCAUUGUUUUUCCUAUUUCUCAAACGAACUAUAUUAAUAAGUCUCAGCAGCCGAUUUCAUAAUAACCCUAUCUGAAUCAAGACUUAGUUUAUUAAUUAAGUACCCUAUGUUGGCUUUUAAUUUAAAAUGGCGGUCGGAUAUUUAAGAAACAAUCUCCUGAGAAAUCAGUAUUCCUUUUCUAUCGUACUGCAUUAUACGCACCCCGUUAGGUAUAUGAAUCUCUGGGUAAAGAAGCGGGGUCAGAUCUGAAACUAGUCUUUUGUAUGACCGACAAAUGUUCGUGUUUAAGUAACAUUCGAAGUCGAAAAGAUUUUUGUGUAUUCGUUUGCACAAAAUAAAUAAAGUGUCAUUUUCAUACACAAUGUCCUGCCUAUUCUUUGAAAGGCCAUUUUUUCAUGUCCCUUUGACUAUCAAUCCAGCCUGAAUAAAGCUGUCAAAAAGGCCAUCACCGACUGAAUUGUCCUUAUAUCUUAUACUGCAAUAAGAUAUUUGACUAUUGUUUUUAUCUGUACCGGUAUUCUGUAAUUGAUAAAUCAAAACAUAACUAUAAAUGUAUUACUAUA